GGGCGAAUUACACUUGUUUUUCCGCAUAAAAACAGAACCCAGCCCGAAAUGAUCGGUGAUAUAUUUGCAGCAAAAACGAACCCAAUAUGAUCGUUUCUUUCUAGUUCUAAUGCUCUCCCGUUUAGCAGUGAUCAUAAAACACUGCAAUUCCGCAGAAUUAUAAACAAGCGCACUUCAAUAUUUGCAAUUUGCGAUUCUUGUUUUUUCAACCGUUCAACUUAAGUGAUUUUAUAGCUGCCGAUUGUCCAAAGUAGUCGCCUUCCAUAAAAUCCGGAUUCUUUGAUUCUAUACCUAGAAGAUUCAGCCUUCAUUUUGAACUUCCAUCAUUUUCUCUGGCUCAGAAUACAGAGUACUGGCUUGCGUCAAAUUUUGCUGGUUUUAGGACUUAUAGCUAUUUGAAGAACAGGUAGUUGUUAGAGAAGCUGAUUGAAGAGCAUGGGUCAAAGUCUCUUUAACAUUGUAUAAGAGAGAGUGUUCUCAAUGACUUGCCACUAGAUUUGUUCACCUAUUAACAAUUUAACAUACAGUAACUUCGUUUUGGCAUGGGAUGGAAGCGGGUAUUAUUUGUACUAUUUUAUUUCAUAAGUUUGGUCCAGUCAUCAGGAAGAAUGGGAAGCUUUUUGAUGGUGAAUGUAGGUUCUGGAUCAGUAUCACUUUAUAGCUGGGCAAUUGGCAGUGCAGGAAUAUUUGUGUUGGUUGCUCUGGUAUUGUCCAUGUAUCUGAUCUUUGAGCAUUUAUCAGCUUACAAUCAGCCAGAGGAGCAGAAGUUUUUGAUUGGAUUAAUUUUGAUGGUUCCUGUUUAUGCGCUAGAAUCGUUCUUAUCACUCUUGGAUUCAAAAGCUGCUUUUAACUAUGAGAUCAUUCGGGAUUGUUAUGAAGCUUUUGCACUAUAUUGCUUUGAGAGGUAUCUCAUUGCCUGUUUGGGUGGAGAGAAAAACACCAUUGAAUUUAUGGAAAAACAUAGCAUGGACACUUCAAGUGCACCUUUAUUGGAUGAUGUUUAUGCAUAUGGAGUUGUGGAGCAUCCUUUUCCAUUUAAUUGUUUUUUCCAGGGGUGGUCUCUUGGUCCUGAGUUUUACCAAGUUGUUAAAGUUGGCAUUGUUCAAUAUAUGUUACUGAAAAUGGUAUGUGCUUUACUUGCGAUGGGUUUCCAUUUUUUGGGGGUUUACGGAGAGGGAAAAUUUGAAUGGAGAUAUGCCUAUCCAUACCUGGCUGUUGUUCUUAAUUUCAGCCAAACAUGGGCCUUGUAUUGCCUUGUGCAAUUUUACUCUGUCACUAAGAACAAAUUGGAACCUAUUAAGCCCUUGGCAAAGUUUCUGGUCUUCAAGUCAAUUGUAUUCCUAACAUGGUGGCAAGGUAUAGCUGUUGCAUUUCUUUUCUCGUUUGGAGCUUUGAAAGGGCAUUUGGUCCAAGUUCUCAAGACACGCAUUCAAGACUAUAUCAUCUGUAUUGAGAUGGGCAUUGCUGCUGUGGUGCAUCUCUACGUUUUCCCUGCCGCACCAUACAAGCGUGGAGAAAGAUGUGUGCGUAAUGUAGCCGUGAUGGCGGAUUAUGCAUCUUUGGACUCCCCAGCAGACCCUGAAGAAGUUAAAGAUUGUGAAAGAAGUACCAGAGUGCGGAUUGCUCGGCAUGAUGAGAGAGAGAAGUGUCCAAAAUUUCACCAGAGUGUUCGGGAUGUGGUAGUUGGAAGUAGUGGAAUUAUUGUUGAUGACAUGAAGUUCACUGUUUCUCACGUUGUGGAACCGGUUGAAAGGGGCCUUGCAAAGAUAAACAAAAGGUUUCACCAAAUAUCUGAAAAUGUAAAGCGGCAUGAAAAAGUGAGGAAGAAGAAAUCCAAGGAUGACAGCUGUCUUGUUCCUUUGAACUCAUGGACAAAGGAGUUCUGUGAUGUACGUGAUGACUCUAUUCAAGGAAGUGUGAGUGAUGGUGGGUUGCCUGAUGGAACAGUAUCCAGUAGGGCGUCUUCAUCCCGACUCAGGUACAGAUAGCAGACACUUUCUCUGACCUAACUCACACUGCCCUCUCUAAUUGAACAGCACAGUUUCGGACAGGUAUAACUAAUAUACUACUUACCUGCAAAGUGCAUCGUUAAGAGAGACCUGUAAUGUUCUCCUGACUGACAAUAAAACAUUGUAUAAACUGCUAUAGAUGUUGCAUUUUUGCACUAAAUACAAUUGUUUGAUGAAUGAACUACAAUACCACAUAAGUACAUAUCAAG